AUGACUUCCCUGUUAUCUGAACAUGAACCGCAAGAUUCACUUCCAUUUGUGAAAGACGCGACGCCUUCUUUCGAAUCAAAUGAGCGCAUUUUAGCUCCAUCGAUUGAAGAAGUGGAUUCGAACCCAGAAGAGUUACGCACGCUGCGUGGUAAAGGUCGUUACUUUGGCGAUACUGAUCCAUCCGAGUAUAUUUCCGAGGCGGAACCAAAAUGCAAUAACUGCUCACAACGUGGCCAUUUCAAAAGAAACUGUCCGCACGUAAUAUGCUCGUACUGUGGGUUGAUGGACGACCAUUACUCACAACACUGUCCGAAAGCUAUUAGAUGCGCUAACUGUAAUGGGGAGGGACACUACCGCAGUCAGUGUCCGCAUAAGCGGAGGCGCGUUUACUGCACGCUUUGCAAUAGCAAGAAUCAUGCCCGCGAUCGUUGUCCCAGCAUUUGGAGAAGUUACUACUUGCUAGACAGUGAUAAGCGGCGAACUUUAGCAAUACACACGAUUUUCUGCUAUAACUGCGGGGAAAAGGGCCAUUUUGGAGACGACUGUUUUAUUGAUAGAUCAUCGCGAGUCCCCAACGACGAUGGAAGCGCCUUCUCUGGUAAUAAUCUGCCGCAACAGGUCCAACAAGAUUACUUCACGCACCUUGAUAGGUGUCAAGAAGACUUUUCGUAUGAUUUCCCAACAGGAAAGAGAGAUUUAUACUCUUCCGGUGGCCUUGAUGACAUUGCUUCUAAAGAUGACUCCUCUUCCAAGUCGCAUUCCAAAAAAUAUAAAAAGAGAAGUCGAAGAAACGAAGAUUUUAAUCCUAAUACAGGUUCGAGAUUUAAACCUAGUUAUGGAAACUCAAACUUUUACCCACCUCCAUAUCAAAAGUCAAAAGCAGCCCCCAAGCCGUCAUCAGGAGGAACUGUAUUACCACCCAAAAAGCAGCGCAAACAUCCGCUUGACUUUCCUCGCUCAUCGAAGUCCCAGCACCAAAGGUUUGACUAUUGA